AUGUGGUCCCUCAAAUCAUUCUUAUGCUUAUCCAUCGUUGUUUCCUGUGUCUACACCUUAAUGUUUACUUCUCUGACAGAGAAAGUCAAAGAAAUCCAGUGGAAGAUGCUCUGCGGAGGACACUUUUUAAUUCAGCAGAAUCUACAAGAGCAAGCCCAAGACUGGCUUGAGAUCACUUUGCUCUGGCUUUUCUUCAUUGUGCUGAUGUACGUGACAGUGAAGUUGGCAGGAGAGAAUGGCGAGAGUAGAGUGCAGACUUCUGAAGCCCUUCAGGGCCGUUCAUUUGGCUUUCUUGGAAAUAAAAAGGUAAAGACUUCCUCUGAAGAAGUCUAUAUGUUCCAUACCUUAACCCUGCUCGAGAUGGACCUUGUGAAAUUUGUGUCCAGGGUGCAGAAUCUGAAACUCGCCACAUCAACCAGCGGUAACAUCAACCCCCUCAAUGUCAAGGUUCCUGCAGAUGUAUCAGUUCAGGGGCAAUGA